AUGAAGCGCUUCAGUGCUAUGAAAGUAUUUCUCCAACACGAGGAAGAAUCGAUAGCUUUUCUUCGGUUAUUGGGCAAUCUCUCCAUGCUGGAAGAUAGUUGCGUGUCAGUGAGGGAGCAUGCUCCAGAACUCUUUGGACUGAUUGGUAGUCAAAGCCCAGCUGUUCGGCGUCAGGUAUUGACGGUGCUUCUGAACUUGUCUUGUGACGCCCAGUGCAUUGACUUCCUCCUUCUAAGUAAGGCACCUAGUGAAUUCGGAGAAAGUGUAAGGAAUCUAUUCCAGGAUAGAGAUGAUGAAGUUAUCUUUGGGAAGUCAUUGAAAUUUCUUUGUAACAUGUAUGAGGGUUUGCAGACGCACGGAUUAGCACACUUUCCAGAAGGGUCUGCUGGUUGGGAGCUCCUGGAUGCGAAAGCAGACAUAGCCCUGCAGACAACACUGCUUCCUUUUAGCACAGGAAACAUGAGUACAGUGUUGGGAGAUUCCCAGCGUCUUCUCCAACUGCUCGAGAAUUGCGAGCAACCCUCUGUCUGUGCCUACGGAUCUCGCCGUGGAACCUCUCGUGGGUCCCAGACGGCGGUCCGUUUUGACGGUGCAUUGUGGGACAGCAAAUCUUCAAACGAUUGUGCAUCGGAUCCUCUGUGUGUUUAUACCUUGGUUGAAACGCGAGACACUCAACUUUGUUGUGCAGCCCACCACCGAGUUUGGGUGAACUUUUGCGGUAUCUGUGAUUCUUCGCCAGGGGCUAAAGGGGACGCUUGGCCUGAUGGUCUUGUCGAAGUGUACUCUGCCCACUGGGUGCUCUCGCGCACAGCAACUAGGCGAACACCGCCUGAACGCCCCCGUGUGCGUCUUUUCGACGCUGUGCGGCUACCAAAUGCUCGCAGUCAGUGGGUUUUUGGGGCGCGUUGGCACUGUUGUCGCAAUUUUGUUGUCUGCAUGCAAGAGCAACGUACUAUUUUUUAA